GUACGUGAAGGAUAGAGAGAGGGAGAGAGAGAGAGUGCGGGGAGGGGGAGGGUGGCUCACUCCUCUGCAGUUUGCUGUAUCUCAGAUGCUGUUGAGAGCGCUGUGGAGAGCGCAGAAGGAGCGUGCGGACUCUUACUUGCUGUCUCUGAUUAACAACGCAACGCUCUCCCCACCUUUCCCUUGCUCUCUUUCCACCCUUUCCCUCCUCUCUGCAACUCUUUUUCCCUCUUGAGAAUACAUCUGACGGUUUUUUUCUGUGGUCUGUACCGGAGAUUGUGGUUGCUGAACACUCUGCCUUUUCUUUGCAAAUCUGCCUCCUCGUAUAUUCCGCGUUUUGAACCUGUUUGGAUUUCCGUGGAAGCUCAGGCGCGUGAAUGAGCUAUUUAGAGGGAAGACGAAGAUCAUGGAGUUGAUUGUGAUCUGCCUUUUUCUGUGGAUACUGCAAUGCCAUUCAGCGCGGGCUGAUUCCAUCAUCCACAUCGGUGCCAUAUUCGAGCACAACGCGAUACGGGAUAAUGAGAUUUUUCAACUCGCCAUUUCAGACCUGAGUUUGAAUGACGACAUUUUACAGAGCGAGAGGAUCACCCAUUCGAUUAAACUGAUUGAUCCAAACAAUCCCUUCCAGGCGGUACAAGAAGCAUGCGAGCUAAUGAACCAGGGCAUCCUGGCGCUGGUGUCGUCCACCGGCUGUGCGUCAGCCAAUGCCCUGCAGUCUCUGACCGACGCCAUGCACAUCCCACACCUGUUCAUCCAGCGGAACGGAGACGGCACCCCGCGCACGGCCUGCCAGCUCAACCCCAGCCCCGACGGAGAGAGGUACACGCUGGCCGCCCGGCCGCCCGUGCGGCUCAACGACGUCAUGCUCGCCCUCGUCUCCGAACUCCACUGGCACAAGUUCAUCGUCUUCUACGACAGUGAAUAUGACAUCCGUGGGCUGCAGACGUUUCUGGACCAGGCGUCUCGGCAGGGCCUGGAUGUGUCUCUGCAGAUGGUGGAUCGUAACGUCAGCAAGGUCUUCUCCACUCUCUUCAGCACCAUGCGCAUGGAGGAGCUGAACCGCUACAGGGACACACUGCGCCGGGCCAUCCUGCUGCUCAGCCCCCAGGCCGCGCAGAGCUUCAUCCACCAGGCCGUUGAAACCAAUUUGGCUUCUAAAGACAGUCACUGGGUGUACGCCAAUGAGGAGGUUAGCGAUGCGGAGAUGAUGGAGCUGGUCCACAGUGCCCUGGGCAGGAUGACCAUCAUCCGCCAGGUCUUCCCCCUCUUGCGGGACACCAACAUCCGCUGCAUGCGCAACAACCACCGCAUCUCCUCCCUGCCCUGCGACCCGCAGGAGGGCUACCUGCAGUCCCUGGAGGUGUCCAACCUGUACCUGUAUGACAGUGUGCUGAUGCUGGCGAAUGCCUUCUACCGGAAGCUGGAGGACCGUAAGUGGCACAGCAUGGCCAGCCUGAACUGCAUGAGGAAGUCCACCAAGCCUUGGAAUGGCGGCUGGUCCAUGCUUGACACCAUUCAGAAGGGACGCAUCACUGGCCUCACGGGAACAAUGGAUUUCCGCAGUAACGGCGCCAACUCUCACGUGCAGUUUGAGAUUUUGGGAACGAGCUACAGCGAGACCUUUGGGAAAGACGUCAAACGGUUGGCUACGUGGGACUCAAGCCGGGGUCUGAAUGGAAGCCUGAAGGAGAACCGGGUGGAAAGCAGCAUGCAUGGUGUCACGCUAAAAGUGGUCACUCUCCUGGAGGAACCAUUUGUGAUGGUGGCAGAAAAUAUUCUAGGACAAACCAAACGUUACAAAGGCUUUUCCAUUGAUGUGCUAGAUGCACUUUCUAGGAUUUUAGGCUUCAAGUAUGAUAUCUAUCAGGUAGAAGAUGGCAAAUAUGGCUCCCUUCUCCCCAACGGUUCCUGGAAUGGCAUGAUUGGAGAACUCAUUGGAAAGAAGGCAGACGUGGCCAUCUCAGCCAUUACGAUCACGCCGGAGCGAGAGGGCGUGAUUGAUUUCAGCAAGCGCUACCUGGACUACUCUGUUGGCAUCCUAAUGAGGAAGUCUCAGGAGAACAUCAACAUCUUCUCACUGCUGGCGCCCUUCGACCUCGCUGUGUGGGCCUGCAUCGCGGCGGCCAUCCCUGUGGUGGGAGUCAUGAUUUUCCUGCUGCGCCGCAUUCAGUCCGUCCGUGCGCAGACCCUCCCCGGUCCCCACCCGCCCCCGUCGGUCACCACUUCACUUCAGAGUGCCGUCUGGAUUGUCUACGGAGCCUUCAUGCAGCAAGGUGGGGAUUCCAUUAUGGGUUCGGUGGCUCUGAGGAUUGUGAUGGGUAGCUGGUGGCUCUUCACACUCAUCGUCUGCUCGUCUUACACCGCCAACCUGGCCGCCUACCUCACCGUCUCGCGCAUGGACAAUGCCGUGAGAACUUUUCAGGACCUGUCCAAGCAAAUGGACCUGUCAUACGGCACAGUGAGGGACUCCGCGGUGUUCGAGCACUUCCGGGUCAAGGGCACCAACCCACUAGAGCAGGACAGCACCUUCUCUGAACUCUGGAGGACUAUCAACAAGAACCAAGGACAGGACAACUCAGUGGCUGACCCUGCAGAGGGCAUCCUGAGGGCCAAGACUCAAUCCUAUGCUUUCCUGUGGGACAUGGCAGUGGUGGAGUAUGCUGCCCUUACAGACAGCGACUGCAGCUUCACCGUGAGGGGGAACAGCAUCUCGAGCAAAGGCUACGGCCUGGCUCUGCAGCACGGCAGUCCGUACAGAGACCUCUUCUCUCAGAAGAUCCUGGAGCUGCAGGAGAAAGGCGAGCUGGACAUUCUCAAGCAGAAGUGGUGGCCCCGCAAGGGCCGGUGUGACCUGGACAGCCAGUCGGACGCACAGCCCGAGGGCCGCGCCCUGCGGCUGCACAGCUUCGCCGGCGUCUUCUGCAUCCUGGCGGCAGGGCUGCUGCUGGCCUGCCUGGUGGCCGCCCUGGAGACCUGGUGGAACAGCCAGCGGUGCCGGCGGGCUCAGCCCAAAGAGGUGACCGCGAGCGGCGCGGCCGCAGACAAGCCCAGGCCCGCACCCUGGCACGACUGCGGCGCCACUGCCACACUCUACUUUAUGGAUCCAGACGCCACAGACGUAACUAAGGAUUACCAAAUGGACGUGGUGUCUGGUCCAUUGACAUAUAAUGAUAUUACAAGUGCUGCAUCGGAAGGGAGGAGGGACAUUUGGACAGAGAGAGAGAGAGGCUGGGAGGAAUCUGAGGCUAUUGACACAGGACAAAGAGAUGAACCUGGAACAGGUGCACCAGCGUUUAAGCAGCCUCAUGGACGAGGACCUGGCUCACAAGCAGCUCCCGGGCCAGUCUAUGGAGAUCUCUGCCCUGGACAUCGGCAGCGUGCCGCCCAGUCAGGGCCCCCUGGAGGCUGUGCGGGACUACCCGGGAGGGAGACUGUCUGUGAGCACCUUCCUGCACGAGGGACCUGGGGCCGGCAGAGUGCCUGGCCGGACGGUCCCCCUCCCCCUCAGCAGCUCCACUCUCCCCCCAUCCAUCCGCUGCAAGCACCGGGCACCCAACGGCGGCCUGUUCCGCCAGAGCCCCGUAAAGACGCCCAUGCCCCUGCCCUACCAGUCAGUGCCCGGAGGACCCAUCCCAGAAACCACUGACCCCAGCCAUGGCACCUCCAUCUGAGCUGCGAGCGGCCACCAAACGGACACUCUCAGAAACCCUGAACUUUGACCUUUGUCCUGUCAGAGACUCUGGAAAAAAGAAAUAAAGAAACAAGCUUUGGUUGAGGCUGGAGCUGAUGGCUGGAGGUUUUCUCAAAAAAAAAAAAAAAAAACUAGAUCAAAAGACAAAAGACAGACGUUAAA